AUCCGUUAUUAAAUAUUGUCGAUACAAAUUUAGAAGAUCCAACGGAUAAAGAGGUUGCACAACAUAUUAUUAAACUUAUUUCAAAGGCUGAUAAGUUCUCUUGGGAGUUAAAAAAUAAAAAACCAUGGGUUGAUAAUAUUUCUAACAGAAGAGAUACAAUGCCACGAAUUGAUCGGUAUGCAUGUAAUGGAACUAUUCAAAUUAAUAUUGAACGUGCUUAUAAUUUGGCAGUGAACAAUUUACUAACAGUUCCUCAACUUUAUGAAAAUAUCAAAAAUGAAAAAAUUGAUGGAUUUUUACAUAUUACACGGCAUCAAAUUUAUUAUUGGUCUAAGAAAUUGGCUGUAAAAAAAUACAAGUUAGCAGACAAUCAAUUGGAAUCAGCUCGAUUAUACUUGGAAAAUAAUUCCAGUUUCAAGCUUCUUUAUCAAGAUCAAUACACGCUAGCAUUUGUAACUCCUUUAUUAUUUUUACUUCCAAAUAAGGUUACUAGAACAAUUGUUAUUGACGCUACAUUUG